AUGCCUUCAAGAAAAAAAGUCUUCAAGAAAAAAAGUCUUCCAGAAAAAACGUCUUCAGGAAAAAAAAUUACUGAAAUAAAGUGUCAGAAAGAACACAACCAUGUUUCAGAACCCGAAGAAAUUGCAAAAGCGAAGGUUUUGAAUGAAAUGAAAAAGACUGCUAUACUAUCUUCUACGGCCAAACAGAGCCAAAUAUAUGCAGAUGCUUUAUCGGGGUUAGAUGAAGAAGACAGAGCAAAUAUGAGAGAAGGCAACGAAAAUGUCAUCAUCUACGACAGUGGAGCCAAUCCAUUCAACCGGAUAAUUGUUUUUUCGACAUUCGUGCAAUUACAACAAAUGGGAAGAAGUACUAGAUGGUUUAUGGAUGGUAAUUUUAGCUUGUCUCCAAAUAUUUUUCACCAACUGUACUUUAUUAGAGUUGCCUAUCUUAACCAUUAUGUAACAUGCGCCUAUGCCCUAAUGACAUCAAGAAAUCAGGCGUCAUAUGAAGAAGUUUUUAAGGCAAUUAAAGAUAAGGCGCAAGAACACAACAUAAUUUUGGCUCCAACCACUGUUAUGUUAGAUUUCGAAAUUGCCCCCAGACGUGCCUUACAUGAUAUCUUCGGUGCAAACGUAGAAGUUGUGGGAUGUUUUUUCCAUUUGACACAGUCAACAUGGAGAAAGGUUGGAAUAAUAGUUUCGUUAUGGACUUUAAUCAGUGCCAUCAAAAAAGAUCAAACAUCUGCUCUAACAUCUAUUGGUCAAAUUGACCGAGGAAUUCAAAUAAAUAAGCCGAAAAAACGACAGUCAAAAUAUUUCCAAGAAAGAAUGGAACGAUUGUGCAAAGACGUUAGAGAUGGCCGAAGAUCUACAUUGGAGGCUUUAAGAGCCAUAGGACACUGUAUUGUGUUAAAUAGGAAAAAUUUACCAAUGAUUUAA